GCCAAGAAUCAAUGAAAACAUGCCGAUAAAAGAAGAUGCAGACUCUGCUGACUAUGAAGACGUCGAAGAUUUCAUUGGAGAGUAUACGGAAGAAGAUUUUGAGGAAUGUAAAGAUGUAUUGGAAACGGAAGACAAACUACCUGAGAUAAAUUCCCUAAAUUAUAUGAAUCCUGCUUACGCUAAAGCUUUUAAAGAACCAUUUAAAGCUAAAAAACCUUAUCUUAAAAGAGGCGAAGGCUUGAAACAAAGAUUCAAAAUAGACCCUAACGAACUCAGAUUAAAUAAUUUACCACGAUACAAAUACGCCAAUGCUCAUCCUGAUUUCACAACGAAACCUAUACCCAAAAGACGGCCUGGUGUGGCACAGAACGAUCUCGUUAAACAUAAAAAAUCGGAAAAUGAAUGCACAAUUCCACAUGUCCAGCCGCCGCUAAUAGAAGCUAAUGAACAACGUUUUCAACAGAUAUUAUUAACUUCAAAAAAUUUUUGUAACUGGACUCCAGAUCCCAAGUCUACAUUAACGAAUAAUAGUGAAAGUCCCCAAAGAGCUAGAUCAUCUUCAUCGCCAGGUAGAGUUCGAUUUUCCGAUGCCAACAAUGCGGCUGUGCCGAAACUUCGAGAAUAUCCCCCAAAUGAGGGACCAACUCCGCAAGGAACAUCUGUCGCCUGGUGUCAAAUUUUGGAUCCGAAAGAGGUGCAACCAAUAACGGUGAGAAGGAGUGGUGUCCAGGCUUCCUCACCCCAACCGGAAAUUGAUAUUUUCGAUUUGAUACAACGAAAAGCUCAAAGUGGCGCCGAUAUGAACUCAUCUGCCGUACAGAAUUAUAUGCAACGUUGCCUUUAUGAAAACUGCAACGGCUUUGCAGACGAGAAGCAAAAAAUCUCUUCAACGACAGAUUUAAAAACUAAACGUCUACAGCCUUUAGUAGUGCCAGAUGCUAUAGCACCUGAAGUCUCCAGCGUUGAUGAAAUCGAAGACGAAUGCGAAACGGCAACUGAAGCUGAGAAUGAAACGGACAAUUCUCUCGAUAACGAUGGAGGUAACAACGGCAAGUGCUUAGACUCGAAUGAUUAUUCCAAUAUUACGCCGUCGCCUGAGGUUUUACUGAUUCAAACGACACGCGUGAACGACUCCCAUGAUGAGUUCCUUCAACAAUUCAAGAACGCAUUAUUUGCUGCCCUUCAAUUAAAAGCUGAUAAUCCAAGUGAUACGAAUAGCACACCUAGUACUACUAUUACACUGAAAGAUUCAGAGUUGAUACGCCUGGCUAUACAGAAGGCAAUAGAGGAAUUGCAGGAAAAAACCGAUUUAAUUAAGCUACGACUAUGCGAAUUGGAACGAGAGAUUAACACUUUUAAGGAGAAUAAUGUACAGUUAAUGAAAAUCAAGCAAGAACAUGAGCUGGAGAAAAAUCUCCAAGCGCAAGAACAUCUGAAAGCUAUGGGCCGAUUGAAAGAUGAAAAAAUCCAAAUUGAAAUCCGUUUGCAUGAAGAACGCAUGAAAUUGGAAGAGGAAAGACGUAAGCUUGAGCAACAAUAUCGUUCGAAGACGCAAGCAUUUAUAGCGAAAGAGCGAAAAGAAGUGGAAAAGCUAAGGGAACAACUUAUCCAAAUAGAAACACGGCUUAAAGGCAAAGAACAUACACAUAUGGCUGCGCAGGCUAGACUGCGUUCUCAGAUGCGUAAUACGGAGAGAGAUCAGAAAAAAUUGCGCGAAGGAAUCGAACGUUUAAGAAAAGAAAACAAACGUUUGGGAGGUGAAAAUCUGCGCAUAAGCAGAGAACAAAAUAAUAAACUAUUGCAGGAAAUUAAUCGUAAUAUUGCCAGAUUAGCUUCGCCUAAAGCGGUAAGUAAUUGGGUUGGAAAAGAAAGAGGAGAAUUUUUUUAAAUUUCAUGUCUUUCUUGGGUUCUGGAGAAAACUAAA